AAAGAACUCUUCAUCUCUCCAGGUAUGAGUAAACGAAAUGAAACGGAUGGAUUGUUUCCACUGACCAUGCUGCAGGCCUCAAAGCCGAAAUUAUUGACUCUCCAAGUCCUCAGCCCGGUCCGGAUCAAGUCCUCAUCCGUAUCGUCGCAGCAGGGCUCAAUCCAAAGGACUGGAAGGCAGCUGAAAUACUAGGCCUUGCCUUGAAUCCUGGAGAUGACAUGGCAGGAACUGUAGAGGCAGUCGGUGCCAACGUCUACGAGUUCAAAGUAGGCGACCGUGUCGCUGCUUACCACGAGAGUUUUGAACCUCACGGAACUUAUUCCGAAUUAUCCAUUGCCCCUUCCCAUUCUGUUUUUCACAUCGGUGAAAAAACUGCUUUCGAAGACGCUGCUGCGGUCCCCUUGGUGGCUGCCACUGCCGCAGUAGGCCUGUUCAGUCGACUCCGCUUGCCACCUCCCUGGGAUGUCACGCCAGAUGCAGCUGCACGUGGACCAUUGCUUAUAUAUGGUGCAGGAGGCGCUGUGGGGGCGUACGCAGUUCAGUUUGCUGUAAAAGCCAGGUUACAUCCCAUCAUUGCUAUCGCAGGCCGGUCAAAAGACUACGUGUCUACUCUUAUCAUGCCGUCCGAAGGUGAUUGCGUUUUUGACUAUCGCCAGGGCGUAGAUGCUGUGGCUGCACAAGUGCGGGAAGCCAUAGGGAGCAAGGCAAUCUACCACGCUUUUGAUUGCAUUUCCAUGCCCGGUACCGAUGAAUUCAUUGGACGCCUGAUCAAAGCAGACGAGCCAAGCAAAUGUUCAGUUGCUACGGUCUUACCUCGCGCAGCGGGUGGGGUCAGCGCUAUGAAAGUCCCAAGCUCUUUGGAGCUUCCUCCAAUGAAUAGCAUUCCCGACGGUGUUGAGGUUAACUGGACCUUUGUUGGUGCAGUUCACAAGAAUGAGAAGGAAUUUGGGUAUGUGUUCUUUCGGUAUAUAGGAAGGGGUCUCCAAGAUGGCUGGUUGAAGCCUGUGCCACGAGAAAUUGUCGCUCAAGGCCUGGACGGAGUCACCGAUGCUUUGCGGAAGAUGAUGAAUGGAGAGCAUAGUGCUACCAAGUACGUAGUUCGUAUUGCCGAUACAGCGAGUGUUGGGAGUGGAUAAGAAACAGUUUAUCUAUGCAUUGCACAGUUCGAAGGGCGAAGCGAAUGGUGGGAGCCCCUGGCGUGAGUUCAGAAGGGCAUCGAACGUCUUGACUCCGUUUCUUUGGAUGGUAUGCAUGUCGGGGCCGGUGUUAUUGAUAAUGUCCUCAACUUUCCCUUAGUGUCGCACGCGUUGAUUUAAAGUAGUCUUCAUCUGCUAGGCAACGCUUAUAACUUAAAAGCCGACUUUGUAUACGGCCUAGAGAUAUUUAUAAAUUCUAGUCUAGUAGCGUGAUUUUUCUUUAUUAGAUUUGUUAAGAUGCUGUGCAAGCCCUCCGACGCC